AUGACGAAAGACACGCCCAACAUGGAUGAAACAUCCCACAAAGAUCAUAUUGCUACCUCGGCCUUACCCACCUCAUCGGGCAGCGGAGAGCAAUCGACCGUCAUGGCAGAUACCAAGUCGGAAAUUGUCAAUGAUAAUCACUCACAAGACACUUCCGGCGUGCAUGAUGAUGAAGGCGCCGAUAAUGACCCAGAAGCAAACGCUACUCGUUUGGAGCGCCAGUCGACAGAAAUCGGGCCCGCAAUCAAGGUAUCGCGCACGAAGCGCAGGGGAUUGUUCGGGCAGCUGGCAUUGGUAGCGGAGGUUGAGAACCCCAAGACUUAUCCCCGCAGGAUGAAAUGGUUCAUCACAUUCAUCGUCGCUCUGGCGGGGUCCACGGCCCCAAUGGGUAGCUCGAUCUUCUUCCCCUCAUUAUCCCAAGUCUCGAAGGAGCUGAAUACGACGACCACGAUCGCUAAUCUGUCGAUUGCGUUGUACAUGCUGGCCAUGUCUAUCUUCCCACUUUGGUGGUCGUCAUUUAGCGAACGACUUGGACGCCGAACCAUUUACUUGGCUUCUUUUGCUCUCUUCGUCAUUUUUAAUUGUCUAUGUGCCGUCUCGAGCUCCAUCGGGAUGCUGAUUGUGAUGCGAAUGUUGAGCGGCGGUGCUUCUGCGUCAGUGCAGGCAGUUGGUGCUGGCACCAUUGCCGAUCUCUGGGAGUCGAGGGAGAGAGGACGCGCCAUGGGAAUCUUCUAUCUAGGUCCAUUGUGUGGGCCCUUAUUCGCACCAAUUAUCGGUGGCGUUUUGGCGCAGCGCUGGGGAUGGCGAAGUACCAUGUGGUUCCUGGCGGGUUUCGGUGCUCUCACACUGAUCUUCAUCCUGGUUGCACUUCCUGAAACCUUGCUUGCGCAAAAGCCUGUGUUUUCCGAGAUUGACGAAGAUGACAUUGGUGACAGCCGUCGACUAAGUCGUGUAUCUUCGCGGCAAGUUGCGCGGUCUACCACGAGGUGGCUGAAGACAUUGAAGAUGGUGUUUAUUGACCCUCUCAAAAUCAUUCUCUAUCUCCGAUUCCUUCCCGUCCUUCUCAGCGUCUACUACGCUAGUAUAGCGUUUGGCUCACUUUAUGUUCUCAAUGUCAGUGUUGAAGAGACGUUCGGAAAUGAGCCGUACAAUUUCUCAACCAUUAUCGUCGGUCUACUCUAUAUCCCAAACUCGAUGGGCUAUGUGGCCGCCAGUCUAUUCGGUGGCAAAUGGAUGGAUAGCAUCAUGCAACGUGAGGCGAGAAAGGCAAAUCGGUUCGACGAGAAAGGCAGAUUGAUUCUACGCCCAGAGGACCGAAUGCGUGAAAACGCCUGGCUUGGUGCCUUCUUGUACCCAGCUGCACUUAUCUGGUAUGGCUGGGCCUCUGAAAAGGGUGUCUUCUGGCUAGUCCCGAUGAUCGCCAACUUUUUCUUUGGCGUGGGAUCCAUGCUCAUCUUUAGUAUGGUAACUACCAUGCUGACAGAGUUCAUGCCGAAGAAGUCCUCCGAGGGUGUAGCCCUGAACAACUUCAUGCGAAACAUCUUCUCUUGCAUUGGCUGUGUGGUGACUGCUCCUAUCAUUAGCGGAAUUGGGAAUGGAUGGCUGUUCACUAUCCUUGGUUUGGUCAGCUUCACGAGCAGCUCUGUGAUAUUCUUCAUGAGGGUUUACGGACCUAAAUGGAGGAAGACCAUGGAUGCAAAUAUGCAUGCCUAA